UCUUCCUGUAGUACUAGUAUAGAAAUUGAAAAGUUACCACUGUUUGAUACCUACUUCACCACCACCAUUUUACCUCUUUUUCUAAGGACAAAAUGCAUCCAGGAUCAGCAGUACCCUCACCAUCUUAACACAUUUUCCCGCUCUCACUAAAACCAUCUCCAUUAUUAUUCUUGCCUUGCUUCGACUUCAUCCGCAUUUUCAUCUCUAUGGAAGUAAGUAAGUAAGUAAGUUACCCAUCAUCUCAUCUCAUCUCAUCUCUAUGCAUUCAAUGCUCCAGCUCUCUUUUCUCAACUGGGUACAUUUCUCACAGUUGGCCGAAAGCAAUUGCUGAUUUAAAUGCUUCAGCUUGGAAUUACCCAUUUUUCAGAUUAUCCCACUUGCCCAUCUCCUUCUUCUGAUCUCCAUUAAACCAGUCAUCGGAUUCGCUGCUUGUCAAUGGAAGCGCGUGUGAACAAGUACCGGCAAUUGAGUCCGGAAAGGGCAAUUGUUUGGAGAGAACGGUCGCCCAAGUAUCAACAGAUCCGUAGAGUACAAGUCGUAUACUAUCUCUGUAGGAAUAGACAACUCGAGCAUCCGCAUGUCAUUGAGGUUCCUCUAUCAUCAACUGAAGGCCUUUAUUUGCGCGAUGUUGUUGACAGGUUUAAUGUUUUGAGAGGCAGAGGCAUGGCCUCGAUGUAUUCAUGGUCAAACAAGAGAAGCUAUAAGAACGGGUUUGUUUGGCAUGACCUCUGUGAAGAUGACUUGAUUCUUCCCUCUAAUGGUAAUGAAUACGUUCUAAAGGGCUCUGAGCUCUUUCAAGAUCCAAAUUCAGCUCGCUUAGCUCCUCCCACUGCAAAUGCGAAACUACAGAACCAAAAACAAUUGAUAGAAUGGAAUGGUUCAUCAUCAUCAUCAAGCCUGAAUGGAAGUGAUAGAAGAAAACAUUCUCCUCCUGAUGUGGUAGAACGGUUAUCAUCUUCACCUUUUGAAUCCCCAGAGGAGGAGGAAGAGUCUAGGAGGAGGAGAAGGGAUGAUGGGAAGAGUUGUUCUCCUCCUUUGAAUGAUUCCCUCAGCUUAACCGAGUACAAAUCUUACAAGACUGAAGGAUUGGCUAAUGCUUCUACUCAAACAGACCAAAGUGUGGAAAAAAAUCAAGAAACUUGUACAAGGGGUGUUUCUACAGAUGAUGAAUGUUUGGAAUUGGACCCAGAAAGCAAUAAAUCUUGUCAAAAUCAAGUUUCAUCUCAAGAUUCAAUCUCCACUCAGAGGAAGAUAAAUACUUUAGAAUCUCUGAUACGAUCCGAUGCUAGUACAAUGAACAGUUUUAGGAUAGUGGAGGAAGAAGAUUUUCGAGUUCCAUCAUGUACAACAAAGAUCAAGGCUUCCAAUAUACUGAUGCAGUUGAUUUCGUGUGGGUCAAUUUCUGUUAAAGAUCACAGCUUUGGGAUUAUUCCUACUUACAGACCAAAGUUUUCCCACACGAAAUUCUCAUCCCCACUAUUCUCAACAUCUCUAAUAAGGUUAAAAGAUAAGGAAUACUUCAGUGGGAGUCUGGUUGAAACAUGUAUGUUUAAGGAAGGAGAUCGAUGUAGUGUCCUAAAGCGAUCUUCCUCUUAUCAUGCUGACAGGAGCUGCAACAAUGAGGGAGUUAUUACCAAACAGUCUAAAUGCAUCAUCUCAAACAAACAGCCAUCACUCAUUUCUGAAGAACCAAGAGUAGUUUCAGAAGAAAUGGACAGUUCUAAUUGUGCUCCAAAUGGAAAUAGUUUAAGGUUCAGAGAGGAGGAACAGGAGGAGGGCAAAGUGAUCAAAUUCAAAGUAGAAGAGAGGCUUUCUUCUGGAGCUAGGAUUAUAAUCCAAUCUACGGAUGAAUGGCCGAGAUCUGUGGAGGAGGAUUAGGCUUUGAGAACUCUGAAUUUUGUUUGAAUUUGAAGUGGGUAGCUUUGAGUUUCCCUAUUUGACAAUGUUUAAUUGAUUUAUCUUAACUACAAUUUCAAAUUCUUACA